UAAUUCCAAAUACGAGUUAGGUUCAACUUCCCAUUUCACGCCCUUUCUUACCUUUUCUGUAGCUUAAUUUGUUUUCUCCUACGCAAUUUACGUGACCAUGUAGCAGACCAGCAGUACUUCUUCUAGACUUUCUACACCACUAUAUUCUGUCUUCUUCUUCAAUCUGUUCUGUAGCUAGCUUUCUCUCUAACCUCAUUAAAACCACACCAUAUUAAUCCACUCUUAUCAUUUCCAUCUUCCUCUGCUCCCUCCAUUUCUCUCUGUCUUUCUCUGCAACAAUUCAAUGGCGAAAUCAGCUUUUGGGUUUUGUGUUCUUUUCUUUGUUUGCUCUGCUACCUGUGUUUUCUCUAGAGUAAUUUUACCUGAAAAUGAAAACCAUGAAACCACAGUUCUUGAUAUCUCGGCUUCAAUUCAGAAGACUCUUGAUGUUCUCUCUUAUGAUCCUGAUCAAAUUCUCCUAGAAGAAGAAAGUAUUUCUGAUGAUUUCUCAUCUUCAUCUUCUUCCUUCACUGUCAAACUUCAAUCUAGAGAUACCAUUCUGAAAUCAACACACAAAGAUUACAAAACCUUAACUCUAGACAGACUCAAACGUGAUUCAGCUCGAGUUGAUUCGAUCAUUACAAAAUUAGAUCUCGCCAUGAAAGAAAUUUCGAAAUCAGAUCUUAAACCUUUAGUUGUCGAGAAAGAGUUUGAUACAUUGAAAUCUCAAGAGCAAGAUAAUAUAGUAGGUCCAAUUACAUCGGGACUGAGUCAUGGAAGUGGUGAAUAUUUCUCACGAGUCGGAGUCGGUCAUCCUCCUAAACCGCAGUACUUAGUUCUUGAUACAGGUAGUGAUGUCACUUGGGUACAGUGCGCACCUUGUAAGGAGUGUUACCAGCAGACAGAUCCGAUAUUCGAACCGUCUUCUUCUUCGUCAUUUGCACACAUUUCAUGCGGCGCACAGCAAUGUAAAUCCCUUGAUAUUUCCGCUUGUGCUAACGAAUCAUGCCUUUAUCAAGUUUCUUAUGGUGACGGCUCUUACACCGUGGGCGAUUUCGUGACCGAAACCCUUACGUUCGAUAACUCCAAAACCACUGUUGAGAAAAUUUCGAUAGGUUGCGGUCAUGAUAACGAAGGGUUAUUUAUCGGUUCAGCUGGUUUAUUAGCUCUUGGAGCUGGCUCACUUUCAUUUCCUUCUCAGGUAAAAGCCACUGCAUUUUCUUACUGUUUAGUCGAUCGCGAUUCUAGUUCGACUUCUACUAUUCAAUUCGGCCCGGAAGCGCAACCGGCCGACGCAAUUACUGCUCCGUUACUUCGUAACUCACGGUAUCCUACAUUCUACUACGUGGGUUUAUCUGGGAUUAGUGUUGGGGGUCAACCGUUGAAUCUACCUCACUCAGUGUUCGACUUAAAUCCAAACUCACCUAGUGGAGUCAUUGUCGACUCGGGAACAUCAGUGACUCGGUUACGUACGGAAGUGUACAAUGCACUCCGUGAUGCUUUUGUCAAAGGCACUCAGAAUUUGCCGUCUGCUGGUGGGUUCGCUCUGUUCGAUACUUGUUACGAUCUGUCAUCAAAAACUUCGGUUCCUGUUCCAACUGUUGCGUUUUUAUUUCCCGGUGGAAAGUCUUUGCAACUACCGGCUAAGAAUUAUUUGGUACCGGUUGAUUCCAAGAAAACGUUCUGUUUCGCUUUUGCACCAACAAGAUCUUCACUGUCCAUCAUAGGUAAUCUGCAACAGCAAGGCACACGUGUUAGCUUUAACAUUGGGAAUUCGGUUGUUGGGUUUUCGCCAAAGAAGUGUUAAUUGCAGUAGAAGAAAAAAAAUGUGGACGAAUUUAAGUAUCGUGGGUCUACUCUACUGCAUUUGUGAGGCUAGUUUGGUUGCUGUCAUUGUUGUAACAGAUGGGAUCCUCUUAAUUAGUAUAUAUAUAUAUAUGGAUGUCCUUGUAAGUGUACGCCACGCAGGGCUGCGGUUAGCUGGUUGGUGUCUCGGCAUUUAUGUUUUCAGUUGUAUAUGGUAUACCAAGUUUUUACCACUUGUCACUUUCUGCUAUGGAGACCUAGUAUAAGUCAUGUUUAAAAAUGCUAAUAAAACCGAAGAAGAAAAAGAAACUAUCAGCGGAAUUUAAAAGCAUUUAUCUAUUCCUUCCGUAUUGUAACAGCACCAAAGUUGUUGUAAAGAUUUAGAGAGUACUACAUAAAAUAAACACAAUCUGGUUUCUAA